GCCACCUUCGCCUGAGGUUUUACCACCUUCCACCCCAGCAGUGAUACCAUUCAUGCAGCCUAGUGCUCCACCUGAACAUGUAACUACGAAACACGGACCAGUAAUAAUAUCUCCAUCUAUACAAGAUCAUGAUCCUUCUCCAUCCUAUAUGAGCCCUCCACUAUCACAUGCUGGAAUGGGAGUGCCUGAGGCUGGGGUUCAUGAAAAAGCAACCAAUAGUAAUUCUCCAGUUCCAGUACCACAUACACAAGGACCUGCUGUUUCUCCAACAUCAAUUACUUUUCCUACCAUCCAUGGGCAUGGAUACAGCAUGCCAGUUGCUACACCCCAAAGGAAUCAACUAGGCAUUUAUCCCCUCUAACUUAUUCACAUACAAAAGUGCCUGCUGUUUCUCCAACAUCAAUCACUUCUCCUGCUAAUCAUGGAAAUAGGUAUCGCAUGCCGGUUGCUGUACCUCCAACAGAUUCAUCCAGCAAUUUAUACCCUGUAAACUAUUCACAUCCAAAAGGGCCUGCCAUUUCUCCGACUUCAAUCACUUCUCCGGCCAACCAUGAGAACAGGCAUGGCAUGCCAGUUGCUGCAACUCCAACAGAAUCAUCCAGCCAUUUAUCUCCCGUAAAUUAUUCACAUCCAAAAGGGCCUACUAUUUCUCCAACAUCAAUCACUUCUCGUGCAGGGCCUACUAUUUCUCCAACAUCAAUCACUUCUCCAGCCAACCGUGGGAAUAGGUAUGACAGGCCAGUUGCUGCACCGUCAACAGAAUCAUCCAGCCAUUUGUCCCCUGUAAAUCAUUCACUCCCCAAAGUGUCUACUAUUUCUCCUACAUCAAUUACUUCUCCUGGAACCCCUCAGAAUGGGCAUGGCAUGCCGGUUGCUGCACCUCCAAAGGAAUUUUCUAGACAUUUGUCCCCUGUAAACUAUUCACAUCCAAAAAGGCCUGCUGUUUCUCCAGCACCCACCACACCUCCUGCUAACUAUGGGAGAUAUGGCAUGCCAGUUCCUGUACCGCCAAAAGAUAUAUCCAGCCCUUUAUCCCCCCAAAAUUAUUCGCACAAAAAUGGCUCUUUUCCUGUUAUAAGCCCUGCUCCACAUGAGGCUGGUAGACCCUCAUAUUCAAUAGAUUCUCCUUUCGCUUCACAUCCCCAACCUCCAGUGCAAAGAAUAUUUCACAGCACUGCACCAGCACCUGUAGUUUCAUUUCGCCAGCUGACAACUAGGCAAAGAACCGGAAGCCCUGCAUCUGCUCCUUCUCCACAAUCCCGUAAUCCAGCUUCUUCAAAUCCUCCAGCAGUACUCCCAAAGCAUAAUAGAGAGCAUCAUGCUCCACUACCCUAUAUCCAAGGGCCUGUCCAAUCUCCUGUACUUUCUCCUUUGGCAUCUACCUCAGGAAAGCCACGGGCACCACAACUUCAACCUUUCCAUUCAUUACCACCUCCACCGCCUAGACAUUCAUCCCCUAAAAACCAUGCACAUCCAAAAAAGCCUGCUGUUUCUCCAGCACCCGCGACACCUCCUGCCAACUAUGGGAGAUAUGGCAUGCCAGUUCCUGCACCACCAAAAGAUAUAUCCAGUCCUUUAAUCCCCAAAAAUUAUUCGCACACAAAAGGCUCUUUUCCUGUUAUAAGCCCUGCUCCACAUGAGGCUGGUAGACCCUCAUAUUCAGUACAUUCUCCUUUCGCUUCACAUCCCCAACCUCCAAUACAAAGAAUAUUUCGCAGCCCUGCACCAGCACCUGUAGUUUCAUUUCGCCAGCCGAUAGGUAGGCAAAGAACCGGAAGCCCUUCAUCUGCUCCUCCACAAUCCCGUAAUCCAGCUUCUUCAAAUCCUCCAGCAGUACUCCCAAAGCAUAAUCGAGAGCAUCAUGCUCCACUACCCUAUAUUCAAGGGCCUGUUCAAUCUCCUGUACUUUCUCCUUCGACAUCUGCCUCAGGAAAGCCACGAGCACCACAGCUUCAACCUUUCCAUUCAUUACCACCUCCACCGCCUAGACAUUCAUCCCCUAUAAAGCAUGCACAUCCAAAAAUUUCUCCAGCACCCGCCACACCUCCUGCCAACUAUGGGAGAUAUAGCAUGCCAGUUCCUGCACCACCAAAAGAUAUAUCCAGUCCUUUAUCCCCCAAAAAUUAUUCGCACACAAAAGGCUCUUUUCCUGUUAUAAGCCCUGCUCCACAUGAGUCUGGUAGACCCUCAUAUCCAGUACAUUCUCCUUUCGCUUCACAUCCCCAACCUCCAGUACAAAGAAUAUUUCACAGCCCUGCACCAGCACCUGUAGUUUCAUUUCACCAGCCAACGGCUAGGCAAAGAACUGGAAGCCCUGCAUCUGCUCCUUCUCCACAAUCCCGUAAUCCAGCUCCUUCACAUUCUCCAACAGUACUCCCAAAGCAUAGUCGAGAGCAUCAUGCUCCACCACCUUAUCUUCAAGGCCCUUCAGUUUCCCAAGUUCCUUUUCAUUCAGCAGGGCCUAUUCAAUCUCCUGUACUUUCUCCUUCUGCGUCUGCCUCUGGAAAGCCAAGGGCAUCACAACUUCAACCUUUCCAUUCAUUACCACCUCCACCACCUAAUCAAGACUGUACAACCCCGUUAUCUUGCCCAGAGCCUUUUACAAGUAGCCCUCCAGGAUCAUCAUGUGCUUGUGUGAUGCCGAUAAGAGUUGGACUUCGUCUAAGCAUUGCACUAUUCACAUUCUUCCCUUUAGUCUCUGAGCUUGCCCAAGAAAUUGCAUCUGGGGUUUUCAUGAAACAAAGUCAGGUCCGCAUCAUGGGAGCAAAUGCUACGACUGAGGAAUAUGACAAAACUAUUGUGCUCAUUGACCUGGUGCCUCUCGGAGGCAAAUUCGAUAGCACUACAGCAUUUUCAGUCUAUGAGAAGUUCUGGGACAAGCAGGUUUUCAUAAACCCCUCAUUUUUUGGGGAUUAUGAUGUAUUAUAUGUUAUCUAUCCAGGGCUUCCUCCAUCACCACCUAUGGCACCUGGAAGUGAUAAUGGGGCUUAUGGUAAUGACAAUAAUAGGACGAUACAUCCUCUUGCAGCUGAUGUCAGAAAGCAAAAGCAAAAACAAAAUGGCACUGUGAUAGCUAUCAUAGUUCUUUCAGCUGUUAUAGCAUUGGUAUUAUGUGCUGGAGCGGCAUGGGUUUUCUUGUUGAAACAUAGAGAACUUUCUCAUUUGCCAAUAAUAACCCCACAGAUGUCACUACCUCCAUUUUCAAAGGCAUCAGUUGCAGGGGGUGUACCUACAAGACCUGGAAGUAGGCCCGGUUCUGCCUCAGCAUCCUUCAACUCUAGCAUUGCAACAUGUGCAGGAUCAGCAAAAACAUUCAGCCUAGCUGAGAUGGAAAGAGCUACAAGCAAAUUUAAUGAUUCAAGAAUUAUUGGUGAAGGUGGUUUCGGACGCGUGUAUGAAGGUACUCUUGAAGAUACAAGAAGAGUGGCCAUCAAGGUGCUCAAGAGAGAUGAUCAGCAGGGUAGCCGAGAAUUCUUGGCCGAGGUUGAGAUGCUGAGCCGCUUGCAUCACAGAAACUUGGUAAAGUUGAUUGGUAUAUGCACAGAGGAGCAUAUCCGCUGUCUGGUCUAUGAACUUGUUCCAAAUGGUAGCGUGGAAUCUCAUCUUUAUGGAGCAGACAAGCAAAGUGCUCCACUUGAUUGGAAUGCCAGGCUGAAGAUUGCGCUUGGUGCUGCUCGAGGUCUAGCAUAUCUGCAUGAAGAUUCAAGCCCUCGUGUCAUACAUCGUGAUUUCAAAGCCAGCAACAUCUUGUUGGAAGACGACCUCACUCCCAAAGUGUCUGAUUUUGGCCUGGCCAGAACAGCUCUAGAUGAGGGAAAUGGGCACAUUUCAACACGCGUCAUGGGAACUUUCGGUUAUGUAGCUCCAGAAUAUGCAAUGACGGGGCAUCUCCUUGUCAAGAGCGAUGUUUACAGCUAUGGUGUUGUCCUCCUCGAGCUCCUAACAGGAAGGAAGCCAGUGGACAUGCUGCGACCUCCAGGGCAAGAAAAUUUAGUGACAUGGGCUCGUCCACUUCUUACUAGUAAGGAUGGAUUGGAGACUAUCGUAGAUCCAUCUCUUGGCACCAUUCCAUUUGAUAGAGUCGCAAAGGUAGCAGCCAUUGCUUCAAUGUGCGUUCAGCCUGAAGUAGAUCAGCGUCCAUUUAUGGGCGAGGUAGUUCAAGCCUUAAAAUUGGUCUGCAAUGAGGGCAAUGAAUAUAGAGGAUCAGGAAGCUUCAGCCAGGAGGAGAUAUCUACACAGGAUACAGAAGAAAGGAUCAGUACAGUGUUGGAUCUGGAGCUGGAGAGGGUGAUAUCAGCAUCCGAUAUAUUCAGUACUUCAGCGAGGUUUACAAGGGAUGUUUCUGGAUCUUUCCGGAGGUAUUCAAGGUCGGGCCCUCUUAGAACAAGUAGAAGCUGGCAAUCUUGGCAUAGAGCGAGAGGCUUGUCAUCAGGAAGUGCAAGCGAGCGUAGGAAAGUUGGCACAGGUUUGGAGAAUGGUGAUUAGUGGCUGCAGGAAUACUUGGUCCCCUUUCAUCUGCUGAAGAGAUCCGUUGUCAAUCAACAUAAUCAGCAUGGCAGCUCACCAUGCUGUAAGGCAAGUGAGGUUCAAGGAGUCCAAGAAGGUUCAGAAGGCUCUUAUACAGCAAAAGUGAAGCAGGAAUCCCUAAGAAAUUGAAAAAGUUCUUAGUGGGGAUGGAAGAUUGGGAUAUUUUGCAGCUCAUCCUCUUGAAAUAAAACAUGAUUGAAGCAAGAAGGGUUGUUCUUUUGGGCAUAAAUGAAAUUCUGACUAAUGAAGUUGCUAUUCUCAAAGAAGCUUCAUUGGUUAUUCCAAUGAUUGUCCAAUGCCUAUGACAUUAUUUUUGCAGUUUUGCUUCUCCUGAUAGGAGUUCUGAAUUUUUGGUUAACGAGAAUCCUUCCAUAGUUGGAAUUGAAAUGAAACCGCUACUCCAAUCAAAGAACUGUUUUUGACUCUUCUGUAAGUUUAGCUCUCUUCAGAUUAAUCCAUUCAAUUGUCAUUAUUGCCAUGUGUAAUUUCUUAUUCUUGCUAUACAAUCCUUGUAACCUUGGAUUUCUGCUCGAUAAUGCUGUUCAGAUUUCCAAUAAUCUUAAUGCCAUGCUCUCUGCUGCUGCUCCUGUGAA